UCGGUUUGAGUCCAUGAUCAUGUGGAUCUGCGUUUAGUCUGAGGAAGGAAGCUGUGUGUUUUUCCGCCUCCAGAUGACGGCUCCCUGCGGCUGAAAGCGUCCAGAGACCCCCGCUGCUCUGCUCCAUCAUCACCAGCAUGGCGCCCAGAGACCCUCUGCUCGCCUCCCUCAGAGUGUGUGUCCUGAAUAUGCAGUCAGAUGGUGGCAUGGUGACUGACUCCAGCCCUCAUCUCCCCUCCUGCUGUGAGCUGCUGGAGUUGGUUCUCAGGAAGGGGCUGCAUCAGCCAGUCCUCAGCCUGGUCCAAAGAGAUUACUGGCAUUGUUUCGAGCAGCUUCAUCAUCAUGACACCUGCAGCAGGCUCUCUGCUCUGUCAUUGGCUGUUGAGCAGACCAGAGCUUGCAGGAAGCUGAUCUCAGCUCAAGGUCGGGGCCGCUACCUUCUCAGGCUGGCCCUCAGCCGCAGGACUCUGUCCCAGUUCUUCACCCACCUGCUGCACACGUCCAGAGUGCUUGAGUGGUACAGCCCUACAUUAUCAAUCCUCAGGAAUGAGGAAUUUGUUGAGCCUUUCAUGUCACUGCUGCUGGUCCUCUCUCAUAUGGAGUUCAAACUGGACAUGGAGAACUGCAGUUUUUUAGAUGAGAGCUGGCUGCUACCGGUGUGUGACACUUAUGAAGUUGUGCCCUGUCGGGAAGUUGGAAUGAUUUUAAGGUAUCUAAGCGGCCGUGUCUUUGUCCUGGACCUGGUCCCUGGCAGUCAGGCUCACGUUGACAUGUUUGUCUCUGCUGGUGACAUCAUCGAUGAGAUCAAUGGGACUUCCCUGAGAAAUUCCAAAAAUGGACAAGCUGGCGUUGUUUUGUCUCGCCUUAAGGGCCGCCCUUUAUCCAUCCGUAUUCUGAGAUGCAGGGCUCAGGAUGGAACAGUGUAUCGGCCCCUUGUCAAACUCUUGAGGGAUCUGAGGACAGAGAAUCCCAAUAUGCAGCUCAGCCUCAAUCCCCUCCAAAAGGAAACCGAUGACAACCGAAGGCCUCCUGGCGUAUCCCAGUGUCUCAAGGAGGGAAGAAUCGUCUACAUUGUGAAGUUCUUGGGAAAAGCAAACAUUGGAAUGUUUGGAGGAAAAGAAGUCCUGCAGCAUGCAAUUCCACAGGUGUUGCGUCAAAACCUGUCUAGCAAGGACGUGCUUUUGGAUUUGAAGGAAACACAUGUGACGUGCACAGACAGAAACAGUACACAGAAACUGUUUGAGCAUCACUAUCCAGAGAUUUCCUGUGUAGGGAGGUUUGCUCAGCCGGGCUACAUGAUAUUCGCCUUCUGCGUGGCAGAUUCUCCAGAAACGCCUCAGUCCAGCGGUUUUUGUUGUGUGGUGCUCAAAGCCAGCACCAUUAAGGACUGUGAGGAUAUAGUCUGCCGCAUUGCUGCUGGUUUCAAGCACACAGAGUGGUUUGUAUAACCACAGAUCAACCCACCCAUGUAAAUAAAUGAGUUUAAAAAGUG